AUGGUGCUUAGACCGAAAUGCCCUGCAACUGUUGAGAAGUUCAAUGCGCAUGGCAGCUGUCGAGCCAGAAGCCAUUCAUUCUUGACGCUGGUGUUCCUUGCGGCACCUUCGAUCUCACCAUUGAGUAUCUGGACUUGGGCAUGCGCUGGCAACAAGCUUUACUACCUCGUCGUUCUGAAGGGAACUGUUGCCACAUGCACCACUGGCCGCGAGGGAUUUUGCAAGCAUAAUUAUUAUUCGGCACCCGCUGGCAUUGAUAAACUAGAUGGCAAACUUUGGGGUGGCGUGAAGCUCGAUGAUUUCGUAGUAGGCGGCGUCAACGGAUACCAUGCUAAUGGGGAUAAGAAUGGCUGCAAAUUAGCCGACCCAAAUGACAGCAAGACGGCAAGCAGCCUGUAUGACAUGGGCAUUCGCUCACCAGGUGUUGUGGGAAUCCCAGUGUGCGAUACCAACACAGCAUUACAGAACUGGAUCGAUGAAGAGAGAUUUGGUUCCCAUGAGAACUAUCCCUGCGUCCCGCUAGAUGUGGUCGUCCCACCGUGA